UACUCCGUUCCUCCGGAUUUCGAUCCCCCUUUUUCUAUCUGUCAAUCAGCGCCGCCUUUGAACUGAAAAGCUCUCAGUCUAACUUCAACUCACUCAAAUCCGAGCGGCACGAGCUCCUCCUGUAUCUUCGGCUUCCCCCCCCUUUGCUCUUUAUAUCUGACUUCUUGUUGUUGUUGGUGUUUUUUUUUUUACCCCCCUUUUUUUUUAUUUAUUAUUUUUUUGCACAUUGAUCGGAUCCUUGGGAACGAGCGAAAAAAAGAAACCUAAACUCACGCGUGCAGAAGAUCUCCCCCCCUUUCCCCUCCCCUCCUCCCUCUUUCCCCUCCCCAGGAGAAAAAGACCCCAAAGCAGAGGAAAAAAAAAAGUUCACCUUGGACUCGUCUUUUUCUUGCAAAAUCUUUUUUUUUUUUUUUUGGGGGGGGAAACUUUUUUGGGGGAUUUUUUUUUUUUGGCUUUUCUUCCUCCUUCAUUUUUCUUCCAAAAUUGCUGCUGGUGGGUGAAAAAAAAUGCCGCAGCUGAACGGCGGUGGAGGAGAUGACCUAGGCGCCAACGACGAACUGAUUUCCUUCAAAGACGAGGGCGAGCAGGAGGAGAAGAGCUCCGAAAACUCCUCGGCCGAGAGGGAUUUAGCUGAUGUCAAAUCGUCUCUAGUCAAUGAAUCAGAAACGAAUCAAAACAGCUCCUCCGAUUCCGAGGCGGAAAGACGGCCUCCGCCUCGCUCCGAAAGUUUCCGAGACAAAUCCCGGGAAAGUUUGGAAGAAGCGGCCAAGAGGCAAGAUGGAGGGCUCUUUAAGGGGCCACCGUAUCCCGGCUACCCCUUCAUCAUGAUCCCCGACCUGACGAGCCCCUACCUCCCCAACGGAUCGCUCUCGCCCACCGCCCGGACCCUCCAUUUUCAGUCCGGGAGCACGCAUUACUCUGCGUACAAAACGAUUGAACACCAGAUUGCUGUUCAGUAUCUCCAGAUGAAAUGGCCACUGCUUGAUGUCCAGGCGGGGACCCUCCAGAGCAGACAAGCCCUCAAGGACGCCCGUUCUCCAUCACCGGCACACAUCGUUCAGUGUCCCCUCCCUUGCUGCACUCAGGGACAUGACUGUCAGCACUUCUGCCCCCCCUCAGACUUCACCCUCAGCACCGCAGUCUUCAGGGACAUGAAAAGGAGCCACUCCUUACAAAAGGUUGGGGAGCCCUGGUGUCUGGAGUCGAACAAAGUGCCGGUCGUGCAGCACCCCCACCAUGUCCACCCUCUCACGCCUCUCAUCACCUACAGCAAUGAGCACUUCACCCCAGGAAACCCACCGCCACACUUACCUGCAGACGUCGACCCCAAAACAGGAAUUCCACGGCCUCCACACCCGCCAGAUAUAUCUCCAUAUUACCCGCUUUCGCCCGGCACCGUAGGACAAAUCCCCCAUCCGCUAGGAUGGUUAGUACCACAGCAAGGUCAGCCCGUGUACCCCAUCACCACAGGAGGGUUCCGUCACCCUUACCCCACCGCUCUGACGGUCAACGCUUCUAUGUCCAGCUUCCUGUCUUCUAGGUUUCCCCCCCAUAUGGUCCCACCACACCACACUCUCCACACGACCGGCAUCCCCCACCCGGCCAUAGUCACGCCGACCGUCAAACAGGAAUCCUCCCAGAGUGACGUGGGCUCGCUCCACAGCUCAAAGCAUCAGGACUCCAAAAAGGAAGAAGAGAAGAAGAAACCUCACAUAAAGAAACCUCUCAACGCGUUCAUGUUGUAUAUGAAGGAAAUGCGAGCAAAGGUCGUAGCCGAGUGCACGUUGAAAGAAAGUGCCGCCAUCAACCAGAUCCUUGGGCGAAGGUGGCACGCACUGUCCAGAGAAGAGCAAGCAAAAUACUACGAGCUGGCCCGGAAGGAGCGACAGCUUCACAUGCAGCUGUACCCAGGCUGGUCCGCACGGGAUAACUACGGGAAGAAGAAGAAGAGGAAAAGGGACAAGCAGCCCGGAGAGACCAACGAACACAGCGAAUGUUUCCUAAAUCCUUGCCUUUCACUUCCUCCGAUUACAGACCUGAGCGCUCCUAAGAAAUGCCGAGCGCGCUUUGGCCUUGAUCAACAGAAUAACUGGUGCGGCCCUUGCAGGAGAAAAAAAAAGUGCGUUCGCUACAUACAAGGUGAAGGCAGCUGCCUCAGUCCACCCUCUUCAGAUGGAAGCUUACUAGACUCGCCUCCUCCCUCCCCCAACCUGCUAGGCUCCCCCCCGCACGACGCCAAGUCACAGACUGAGCAGACCCAGCCUCUCUCGCUCUCCCUGAAGCCCGACCCCCUGGCCCACCUCUCCAUGCUGCCGCCGCCGCCCGCCCUCCUGCUGGCCGAGGCCCACGGCAAGGCCCCCGCCCUCUGUCCCAACGGGGCCCUGGACCUGCCUCCCGCCGGCCUGCCGCCGCCCAGCCUCCCCUCCUCAGCCCUGGCCCAGCCGUCGACUUCUUCCUUACAUUCCCACAGCUCUCUGGCCGGGCCGCAGCCCCAACCUCUCUCCCUCGUCACCAAGUCUCUAGAGUAGCUCUCGGCCCGGUUUGCUCUGUGUCGUGUUUGCUUUGGGUUCAGCUUCUCCUGGUUUCCGCCCGCCCUUGGAAAGGUUCUGUUUUGUACUCCGUUUCCUUUCGUUUCGUUUCGUGUUUUUUUUUUUUUUUUUGGUUUUUUUUUUUUUUUUGGAGUUUGUGCCACGUGGCUACAUUAGUUGAUGUUUAUGGAGUUCAUUGGUCAAUAUUUGACCCAUUCUUAUUUCAAUGUCUCCUUUUAAAUAGAUGAGAGAAGAACCUCAUGAUUCUACCAAAAUUUUUAUCAACAGCUGUUUAAAGUCUUUGUAGCGUUUAAAAAAAUAAAUAAAUAAAUAUAUAUAUAUACAUAACUGUUAUGUAGUUCCGAUAGCUUAGUUUUAAAAGACUGAUUAAAAUGCAAAAAAAAAAAAGGAAAAAAAAAGCAAUUUGGAAGCAGCCCUCCAGAAGGAGUUGGUUCUGUAUUAUUUGUAUUGAAUACGAGCUUGCGAACCAAUCAUUUUACAUCUGGUUUUGAGACCCCAAGGGCACAUGAAUGCCGUGCCGUGACCUUUUCCUUUUUAUUUUUAUUUUUUUUCUGUGUGAAACAACUUUUAUUGUGAUGUUACUUGUUAUUGUUUAAAUGUACAGAAACAAAGGGUUAAAAAAUGUGUUAAUAUACCUUGUUCCCUGGUGUUGUUCCUUUGGGGGGAGGGGAGCUGCUCAGAAUGAAACAGAUCACAGCACUGUUGACCAGUAGUAUUUAUUGCUUUAGAGAUCGCUCGUCCUGCCUGUUCGUCAUCCCCUUUAAACUAUGUUCUCUUUUUUUUUUUCCUGAAACUGUGUAAAGUUUUUCCCCCCUUUAGCAUAAGCAUCUUAUAUAUAACAAUUCAUUUGUACAAGGUUUUUAAGUUUAUAUAUAAAAUGUGUAUAUAUUAUUUUUUGUUGCCCUUUUUUUUUGACUUUUUAUUUUUUUCUGUAUGAAACCCAGAUGCGGCCAAAUGGACAUUAAUAGUUGCAUUAAGGGAUCAGUAGCAUUAACAAAAGUUGCUUUAAAAGCCAUUCUAUAAAACAAGACUUGAAAAUCGGUGAGGGAAUUUUAGCAAGGCCGUGCGCGCGACGGGGUGCUCGUGCCCGCGCCCCGUUGGAGCUCCUGUGCCCCUAGAACAUGAACUGACUGUGCAGAACUUGAUGUGCCAAAAUUCUCAGUGACUUUCGCUUUCUCCCUCUUUUUAAUGCUGUAAUUUUUGUUCAUCAUGUUUCGCUGUGAUGUUACAUAGUUAGAUUUGUAUGUAGGUUUAAUGUCACCUAUAACAAGAUGUGUUUGGUAGCAGAUUGUCCAGAAAGCAUUUUAAAUGAAGAGGUAUAAACCCUUACGGGCCAAAAUUCUGUAUAUUAGAUUACUCUUAAAGGAAAAAUCCAGCUGCCGCUUGUAUGUACAUGUAUUACAUACAAGUCGGUGGCAGACUUUAAAAAUAAAAAAAAAAAAACCUAGGCAUGUUGAUGUUGCAAAAUGCUGUAUAAAGCUGAAACCUGUUCAUUCAGUGCCAUUGUAGUUGACAUGAAGCGAUUGUAAAACUGUCUCCAGUUUUUCUCUGGUUUAUUAAAAUGCUAACGAUAACAUUUUUUUUGUGAAUACUUUGAAUGUUUCCUAACAGUUGUGAUGUUCCUGUUCCGUUUUAUGCUCUUAUUCCAAUUUCAUUUUUAAUGGUUGGGAAGCCAUUUUUGUAAUGAAUAAAUGUUCAUGCUGUACAGUAUCUGUAGCAUGCUGUUCUGGAUUAAUAAAAACAACUUAGUAUGUGCAGAUAAA